CUCUCUGACCGAAUAAACAGACUUCAGCACUCGACGCUGCUCUCGGGAGCGCGCACGCGUGUCGGUGUGUGUGUGCGUGUGCGUGUGUGUGUGUGUGCGUGGGUGUGUAUAUGUGUGUGCGCGCGUUUUCUCUCCACGUAGUGAGCAGCUCAGGCAGAAGACAUGUCUGUGGCAGGACUGAAAAAACAGUUCCACAAAGCAACUCAGAAAGUGAGUGAGAAGGUUGGGGGAGCAGAAGGCACCAAGCUUGAUGAUGACUUCAAGGAAAUGGAGAAGAAAGUGGAUACGACAAGCAGAGCAGUGCUGGACAUCAUGACUAAAACUACAGAAUAUCUACAACCAAAUCCAGCCUCUAGAGCGAAGUUGAGUAUGAUAAACACCAUGUCUAAGAUUCGUGGGCAGGAGAAAGGCCCGGGUUACCCCCAAGCGGAGAGUGUUCUUGGAGAUGCCAUGCAGAGAUUUGGCCGAGAACUGGGAGAGGAAUCCGGCUUCGGUCUGGCUUUGAUAGAUGCAGGUGAGGCGAUGCGUGAGCUUGGAGAGGUGAAGGACGCUCUGGACAUGGAGGUCAAACAGAACUUCAUUGACCCACUGCAGAACCUGCAUGACAAAGAUAUCAAAGAGAUUCAGCACCACCUGAAGAAGAUGGAGGGUCGGCGUUUGGACUUUGACUAUAAGAAGAAGCGUCAGGGCAAAGUGAUGGACGACGAGAUCAAACAGGCCUUGGAGAAGUUCGACGAGUCAAAGGAGGUUGCUGAGCAGAGCAUGUUCAACCUGCUGGAGAGUGAUAUAGAGCAGGUGAGUCAGUUGGCUGCCCUGGUAAAGGCUCAGCUGGAUUACCACCGACAGGCAACUGAUGUCCUCCAACAGCUCUCCAGUAAGAUGGAUGAGAGGAUAAAAGAGACCGCAAAUAAACCAAGGAAAGAGUACAUUCCAAAACCACGCAUGGAGCUUCAGCUGCCCAGUGAAACUCACAACGGAGGAAUACACACCGCUAAAUCACCUGCUCGCUCACCAGCUCCCCUAGAUCAGCCGUGUUGUCGUGCUCUGUACGACUUUGAGCCCGAGAACGAGGGUGAGUUGGGCUUUAAGGAAGGUGACAUCAUCACACUGACCAAUCAGAUAGAUGAUAACUGGUACGAGGGGAUGAUCAACGGCCAAUCGGGUUUCUUCCCCAUCAACUACGUCGACAUCCUGGUUCCUCUGCCUCAUUAGGCCCCGCCCCUUUCUGUGCCCCACCCACUUCGUCAUCAUGUCUGAUGAGGAUGAUGAAGAUGAUGAAGGGGUUACAGUUAAUAAUUAAUAACACACUCUGAAGUGUUUGUGUGCCCGUGCAGUGUUGCGUUGAGAAGCGGCUCAGGCAUGUGUGUGUGUGUGUGUUUAUUGCAGACCUGUAUGAAUGUUACACAAGUGAUAUCCCAGUAUCUUAUUGUAGGUGGAGAACGUGUGAAUAUUACGUCUCGUGAUUCCGACGUCACGUUUCUGCAGUUCCAGCCUUCCUCACGUUCCACUCCGGCUCUACUUCACGCUGAGGUGUAGCUCAGUCAGCGUGCUGUUUACCUCACCACCUUACCUGAGAUGGUGGCGCUGUUUCUUACACUUUGUUACGUUUCUCUUCACACCGAAUAUAAAGCGUUGUCUGAAACCACCUUCAUGAGUUUAACAACUUUAUAUAACGUCACAUUCGAGUUCUCCGGUCCUACAGGUGGCGACUUCUGAUGCUAGAGAAAGGAAAUCAUGAAUGCCGUUUUUUUCUCCCAGAAAUAAGCUUUUUAGAAGUGAUAUAGAUUUUCUGUUGGGGGCGGAGCUACACUCUGAUUGGUUCCCCAGUGUUCUCUCGCAUUCAAUCAAAACCCUCACACCGAACCGCCCGAAGGACACAGUGUGUUACAGCAUUCAGGACACGCCCCCUGUUUAUGCUCUUUCCUUUCUCCUAAACUAUUGGUUUGUUUGUUUGUUUAUUUAUUUGCUUGUUUGUUGGUGUGUUUGUUUGUUUGCUCUUUUUUCCAGCAAGAUUUCAGUGAUUUCCCCACUGUCAGUGAUGCUCUUGUGAACUGUUUCUUUAUAUUUUUUACUUCUUUGUGUUCCUGUGUAAACCAUUAUUUAUUUGUUUGUUUGUUUGUUUAUAUUUAUUUAACUUCUGUUUGUUCAGUGACAUUCCUGCGUAUGCACAAGCCGAGUGAGUGUGUGUGUUUUAUCCUGUACAGUGUUACACACAGGAAGUAGAUUUCCUUCUCUCUGAUUGGUGGAUGUGAUGUUUCCGUCCCUGCAAUUGAAUAAAACCAACUUUUAACCAGCAGAUUCUUCAUGAUGUGUUUGAAGCAAAGCAGUAACUGAUUUCUUUAUUUUCCAGGUUAGAAUGUGAGGGUUUCAACAAAACACAAUUUUUCCAUCUUGUUUGUGUGUGUGUGUGUGUGUGUGUGGGGGGCCUUCGCCUUCUUGUUAAUCAGUAACGUUAACAAUAUAGUGUGUGAUGAGUUUGGGUUCUGCGUUGUGUUAUUUAGUUUGAGGGACACGUGACUGACAUGUUUACUCUCAAUAUCUGCACAAGAUUGUUUCCCAGCUACAUGUGGGUAUGUUUUAGUGAGGGACGUGUCUCACUGAUGGGCGUGUCUCAGUGAAGGGUGUGUCUCACUAGUGGGUGUGUCUCACUGAUGGGUGUGUCUAGAUAAUGGUGUGUCUCACUUAUAGGCGUGUCUCACUGAUGGACUUGUCUCACUAGUGGGUGUGUCUUACUGAUGGACGUGUCUCACUAGUGGGUGUGUCUCACUGAUGGUGUGUCUCACUGAAGGGUGUGUCUCACUAGUGGGUGUGUCUCACUGAUGGGUGUGUCUCACUGAUGGUGUGUCUCACUAGUGGGUGUGUCUCACUGAUGGUGUGUCUCACUGAAGGGUGUGUCUCACUAGUGGGUGUGUCUCACUGAAGGGUGUGUCUCACUAGUGGGUGUGUCUCACUGAUGGGUGUGUCUCACUGAUGGUGUGUCCCACUAGUGGAUGUGUCUCACUGGUGAUGUUUCUCACUGAUCGGCGUCUCACUGAUGGGCGUGUCUCAGUAAUGGUGUACCUAACUGAUAUGUGUGUCACACUGAUGGACGUGUCUCAGUGAUAGGCGUGUCUAUUGGGUGUGUCUCAAUGGUGGGUGUGUCUUAUUAAUAGGUGUGUCUCACUGAUGGGCGUGUCUCACUGAUGGGUUGCUAAUGAAAACUGUUCAGAAUUAGCAUAAAAAAUUACUGACUUUACUGUCCCUGAGUCACGCCCCCCACAAAAUGAAACCCCACCCACUUUUAUUCUAAAUUGAUUUUUAAACAUUGUGGUCUGAUGUGUGAAUGAAUAUGGGGAAGGUUUAUUAUCACUCACUCCAAUACUGAUCAACAACCAAUCCCUCAUCUAUAUCCACUAAUCAUUACAGCAAUAACUGUCUCCCUGUGUCACUACACCUCCUCCUGUGUGUGUGUGUGUGUGUGUGUGUGUGUGGACUGCAGUAUGUUUUUGUGUUAAACAUGAAUUAAUUAAAUGUCAUUGUGAUGUAUCUAUUUAUCUGCUGUACGGACUUGUUAGUUUUAUCUCUGUAUAUAUACACGAUAUAAAUCUAUAUAUAUAUAUAUAUAUAUAUAUAUAUAUAUAUAUAUACAUAUAUUUAAAUGUGUGUGUGUGUGUGUGUGUGUGUGUGUGUGUGUGUGUGUGUGUGCCUCUCUAUCCUGUACUGGAUAAACAGAAGCUGUGUCGCUUGAUGUGAUCACACUAAUAUCACACACAUGCGAAAUAAAAUGCAGUGUCACUAAUGAUGA